CGGGGGACGGGAGCUGGGGCAGCCGAGGCCAGGGGAUUGCGAGCACACCACACCCUGUGAACGAGUGUGAAUGAGUGUGUGUGCGUGUGCGCAUGAGCCUGUGGGUGCCUGUGAACACGUGUGCGCGCGCGUGUGUGUGUUCUUUGUGUCAGCGACGUAUGUGGUGCUCUGCAUGCCUGGGAAUGGUUGGAUGUGUUUUUCCGAGUGUGUCGAAGUGUUGGUGUAUGGGUGUGUUUGCGGGGGUGCACCUGUGCGUGCAUGCGUGUGCGUGCUUGCACGCGCACACGUGGUGGGAAAGGAAGCUACCCGCGGGUUCGGGGAUGCAGGGCGUUUCCCCACCCCUUCAGACAUUCUUCUCCUCGCAGAACCCAUCCUGGAGCAGCCUUGGGGGACCUGAGCGUCAAGAGAUGAGCUGUCUAGAACAAGGAGAGAACACUUCAUGGCCAUCGCCGGCCAUGACCGCAGGCUCAGAAAGAAGCCAUGAGAAACAGGGGGCCAAGGCCUCCAUGUGGACAAGGCAGGAGGCUGUGGCAGAAGGGGAGCUGCCGGGUCUGGGGGAAGAUCCCCAGGCCAAGCCACCUGCUGAGUACGCCGGACUGGAGGCCACGUUCCCCAAGGCCACACACGUGUCCCAGGCUGCUCCUUUGGCCAAAGUGGGCACCCCACCAACAGAGUGGGACGUCUUCCCCCCUAACCACGAAGCCUCGGCCGCUGGCUCCAGCACAGAUGAGCUGGAGCUGGACAUAGGGUUCCCGGCCACAGCAUCGUGGGGGUAUGAGCUCGGCCUGGUGGAAGAGAGGCCUGCCCUGUGCCCAUCCCCACGGGCCCUGUUACCCAGGCUGGGCUGGGACGACGAACUGCAGAAGCCGGGGGCCCAGAUCUACAUGCACUUCAUGCAGGAGCACACCUGCUAUGACGCCAUGGCAACCAGUUCCAAGCUGGUCAUCUUCGACACCACGCUGGAGAUCAAGAAGGCCUUCUUUGCCCUAGUGGCCAACGGCAUCCGGGCGGCACCGCUGUGGGACAGCAAGAAGCAGAGCUUCGUGGGGAUGCUGACCAUCACAGACUUCAUCUUGGUGCUGCAUCGCUAUUACAGGUCCCCGCUGGUCCAGAUCUAUGAGAUUGAAGAACAUAAGAUUGAGACCUGGAGAGAGAUCUACCUUCAAGGCUGCUUCAAGCCUCUGGUCUCCAUUUCUCCCAGCAGCAGCCUGUUCGAAGCCGUCUACACCCUCAUCAAGAACCGGAUCCACCGUCUGCCGGUCCUGGACCCGGUGUCAGGCGCCGUGCUCCACAUCCUCACACACAAGCGACUGCUCAAGUUCCUGCACAUCUUUGGCUCCCUGCUGCCCCAGCCCUCCUUCCUCUCCCGCACCAUCCAAGAUCUGGGCAUCGGCACAUUCCGAGACUUGGCCGUGGUGCUGGACACGGCGCCCAUCCUGACGGCCCUGGACAUCUUUGUGGACCGGCGCGUGUCUGCGCUGCCUGUGGUCAACGAAGCUGGACAAGUCGUGGGCCUCUACUCCCGCUUCGAUGUGAUUCACCUGGCUGCCCAGCAAACCUACAACCACCUGGACAUGAGUGUGGGCGAAGCCCUGAAGCAGAGGACACUGUGUCUGGAAGGAGUCCUUUCCUGCCAGCCCCAUGAGAGCUUGGGGGAAGUCAUCGACCGGAUUGCCCGGGAGCAGGUACACCGGCUGGUGCUAGUGGACGAGACCCAGCAUCUCCUGGGCGUGGUGUCCCUCUCCGACAUCCUUCAGGCACUGGUGCUCAGCCCUGCUGGCAUCGAUGCCCUCGGUGCCUGAGAAUAUCUGAGUCCUCACUCCCAGGCCGUCUUCCACACGCAGAAGCCAACGAAGGGAGCCAGGGAACACGGUCUCCAUCUUUCCCCACCCCAGUUUGCUGGUUUGGCUGUGGUUCAGGUAGGCUCUGCCCUGGGCCAUCAGCCUCAGCACCAGCCCAUUGGUCUUCCUAGGCUCUCAGAUCUCAGCCUGAGGCCCCCUGAGGAUGGGGGUGCCCAGCUCACUGCUGAGCAGCCCCAUGAAAACUACAAGUAUCAGGACUCCCCGUGGGGUCCCCACUCUGUCCCAUUCUCCACUGAGGUCAUGAGGGUAGUCACAAGAGGGGUGGACAGGGGCUGGGGUCAAGGCAAGGGCAGUGAUGUGAUUUCAGAUGCUCUGGGGAGUUUGACCUGCCUUCUCGCAACUCAGCUCCCACCUGCUGGGAAUCCCACUGGAAGGAAGCAAGUUAAUAAACCUUUGCUGAACGGAAUUUCCACGCUCAGUCAGAACUAUGGCUGAAAGGAGGGGGCUUCUAUCUAAGUAAUCAUCUCAGUAAAUCCGACAUGAUCUCAGACUCUUUCCUGGUACCGUGUUGGCUAGGGGCUGGCUCAGAUUCCACCUGCUUGGCAGUGGAUGGCAAGACGAGGUUCCCCUACUGGAAACGCAACCUCUCCUGCCCACGUAGUCACUGUCUUGUCUUCUCUUUUCCUCACAGGCUUCACCAGCCCUCUGUCAUUGCCCUUGCCCUGCCUGUGCUCCCAGAAGCCCUCAGGAAUUCCCAGUCCUCCAUGGGAUGAUGAAAUUAAGAACAGCUGAGUCGAGCCUGGAGAUCUAUGAACCAGAGGCACUGAGAUUACCCCAGGGCUGCCUGCUCCAUGCCUACCCAUAUCACUUUCCCCCCACUGGCCCCAGUGGAGCGGCGAGCCCUCAGCCAGUUGGGUGUAUUCAGGGGCUCUGGAUUCCUCAGCUUCUGGACUACCUGGGAGGCCCUGCUAUUCUUCCACACUACUAAGGGUGGCUCCCCACAACUUGGCCACUGCCCUUCUUCCCUCCCAGCAUUGAAACAGCAGCCAUGUGGAGAGCCUGUUGAGUGGGGUCCUCCCUCCAUUCUCAUCCCGAGCACCAGCAAACAGUGUUCUCAGUCCCCAGUGACAGCCUGUGUUUGGAUCACUGAGGAUGAACACUGAGAGAACAAAAAGAAAAAGAACAACCAACCCGUGCACUUAAAUUGUAUAAGCUUCACUCCGAAAAUGCUAGUCAUUUGGCCUGAACUUGCAGCAAGAGCCCUGUGCUUUCUGAAUUCAAAGACGCGAGGGAGAAUCUGUAAUUGACAAACGCUACCACUGGCCUUGCUUUUGUGCAUAGAGUGUUAGUUUCUUUUUUCAUUUUUUAUUUAUAACAAAACCAUAAAGAAGAUGUUAAUUAGUUAA